GGGGCAGGUGUAUAUAAAGCUUGAACGUUCACCCACAACCACCAUUGUCCCCCAAGCACUCGAGCAUCAUGAAGCUGACUCUCCUCGUCUGUCUGACCGGCAUCGUGGCCGCCUCGGCGCUCCCACAGUUCCAGGACCGCCACCCCGAGUACACCGCCGAGACCCUGGUGGACGAGCGCGAGGACCAAGGCGACGGCAACUUCAGGUACCGCUUCGAGACCACCAACGGCAUCAACGCCCAGAAGGUUGGCACCCCUGGAUCCGAGGGCCAGAGCAACAUGCAGGGAGCCUUCAGCUUCCCCUUGCCUGAAGGAGGCGUCGCCCAGUUCACCUACGUCGCCGACGAGAACGGCUACCAGCCUUCCUCCGACCUCCUGCCCGUCCCCCCUCCUCUCCCCCCUCACGUCUACAGACUCCUCGAGAUCGCCGAGCAACAGAGGGCUCAGGGAAUCACGUUCGAGAAAUAAUUCUUUCUCUACAACUCCACCUGCCUUCAACAACAACACACUUAGAUCACAAGAAGAACUGUUUUGGUCUUCACUAAAACACAAUCUAUAACAACGGAUACGUAUAAAGAAAUUGUACAUAAUAUAUAUUCCUGAGACAGAACGAGCAGCCUGGCUAGUAAAUGAGAUGCAAAAA